UUAUCUGUCUUUUACGCAUCUGCUCGACUCGGCAACAAUAAACUUUCUUCCUUUUUUGCUAAGGGGCUGAAAGAGGGUUGUUGCAUCUGUAGCAUGUAAAACGGAUUAUAUUCUGCAUAUCAAGACUAUCUUCAUUGAUUGAUUUUUUUUGUUGGAUACGUCCCAAAUUAAAAAGGCCAUAUCAUCUCAUCUACAACUGUUAAAAUGGCUGAAAAGUUAGAAAUGCAUGAAAUACCCAAAAGUGCCACAGAAGAAAGCCUUAUAGCACAACAACAUUUUGGACCAAUUGACAUUUGUGUAAUUAUUGCUGUGAUAAGUGCAGUUGUCUAUUAUAUGUUCUUUCGAAAAAAGAAAGAAAUUAAUACAUUUCAAAUCACAACCCAUGAUUAUACAAGUAGAGAUAAAGCGGCUCAAAAACCUAACCAUGUUACUACUUCAGACUCGAGCUUUAUUAACAAGAUGAAAUCCACUGGACGAAAUGUUAUUGUGUUUUAUGGCUCUCAAACUGGAACUGCUGAAGAAUUUGCUACUAGAUUAGCAAAAGAAGCUAAUCGUUAUGGCAUGAAAGCAAUGGUUGCUGAUCCAGAAGAUUAUGAUAUGGAAGAUUUGUGCAAAGUUCCUGAAAUUGAAAAUUCCCUCGUGAUUUUUUGUAUGGCAACUUACGGUGAAGGUGAUCCGACGGAUAAUGCUCAGGAGUUUUAUCAAUGGCUGCAAACUGGGGAUGGUGACCUGUCUGGUCUGAACUAUGCUGUGUUUGGGCUUGGUAAUAAGACUUAUGAACAUUAUAAUUCAAUGGGUAUUUAUGUUGACAAACGUGUUGAAGAAUUAGGAGGCACAAGAGUUUUUGAAUUAGGUUUAGGAGAUGAUGAUGCUAACAUUGAAGAAGAUUUUAUCACAUGGAAGGAGCGCUUUUGGAGUGCUGUUUGCGAACACUUUCAUAUUGAAACUCUUGGAGAAGACAUCAAUUUACGUCAGUAUGAAUUGGUGGUUCAUGAAGACUUACCACCUGAAAAAAUAUUUACUGGAGAAAUUUCUAGAUUGAACUCUUAUAAGAAUCAAAGACCGCCAUACGAUAUGAAAAAUCCAUUUUUGAGCACUGUCACCGUCAACAGGGAAUUGUAUAGAGGCGAACGUUCUUGUAUGCAUAUUGAACUUGAUAUCACCGAUUCUAGAAUAAGAUACGAUACUGGUGAUCAUGUGGCAAUCUAUCCUACAAAUGAUAUUGCACUUGUAGAGAAACUUGGAAAAUUAUUAAAUGCGGAUUUGGAUACUGUGUUUAGUCUCAAUAAUUUAGAUGAGGACAGUACAAAGAAGCAUCCUUUCCCUUGCCCUACAACUUAUCGAACUGCAUUGUUACAUUACGUUGACAUCACUAGCAUACCUCGUACUCACGUGUUAAAGGAAAUUUCUGAAUAUGCUACUGAUGAAGAAGAGAAAAAGAUGUUGAAAUUGAUGGCUACUUCAUCCGAAGAAGGAAAGAAAUUGUAUUUAAGUUGGGUUGUAAAGUACUGCCGCAGUAUAAUUCAUAUCUUGGAAGAUUUACCAUCUCUUAAACCACCCAUCGACCAUCUUUUGGAAUUGUUGCCAAGACUUCAAGCUAGAUAUUAUUCUAUUUCAUCAUCUCCAAAACUACAUGCCUCUUCUAUUCACAUCACAGCUGUUUUGGUUGAAUAUGAGACUCCCACCAAGCGUAUAACUAGAGGUGUUGCUACUGGUUGGCUGAAAACUUUAAAGCCUGGUGAUAGAGUUCCAAUAUUUGUUCGACGCUCUCAAUUCCGACUUCCAAGCAAACCACAUAUUCCUAUUAUCAUGAUUGGACCUGGAACUGGCUUAGCUCCUUUCAGAGGUUUCCUGCAAGAACGUUCUUUCCAACGAAAAGAAGGAAAAGAAGUUGGGGAUAGCAUACUUUAUUUUGGAUGUCGUAAAUCAAAAGAAGAUUUCUUAUAUGAAGACGAGCUCAAGACUUUUGAGGAAGAAGGAACCCUUACAAAACUACAUGCAGCUUUCUCCAGAGAUCAGCCAGAGAAAUUGUAUGUUACACAUCUGCUAAAUGCUAACAAAGAUGAAUUGUGGCGAGUUUUUGGUGAAUCAAGCGGACAUAUUUAUGUGUGUGGGGAUGCCCGUAAUAUGGCCAAGGAUGUUCAUAACAUAAUCCUUGAAAUUGUUCAAGAAUAUGGAAAGAAAACAAAGGAUGAGGCAGAGGCUUACAUUAAGAAGAUGGAAUCACAGAGGAGGUAUUCUGCUGAUGUCUGGAGUUAACCCUGUACAUGAUGUUUAGACUGUUCAAAUUAUGAUUAGUCUUAAUAUUUUAAGCACAAUCAGAAGCUACUCUCAUCUGAUUAAUGAAAUACUUUGCAUGUUUGUCUGUAUAUGUGAUGUGUAAACAAUCAUUUUUAUUUAUUUCUAUAUUUUAUCUUUGCGUAAUUUAGUUUCAUUUUGUAUGUGGAAAAUGAAUCAUAUGGAGUAUGCUAUUUUAGGGCUGGUGUAUACUGAAAGAUAUAUUUUGCUAUCGAAAAUUGACUAGUUUGUUUCCGUUGUAAAUUCUUAUUUUAUAUUUUAUUGUAUUGACUUUGGUGUAUGGAUCUAAAAAUAUUCUCUGAAAAUUUUAAGAAUGGCAUGUUUUGAAAUCUUGUUUUUAUGUAAUGAAUUGACUUAUGCUUACAAAUUUAAGUGUUGAUUUGUUUUACAUUCCAAUUCUGAAAUCAUUUUUUAUUUGAAGUGCUGUGUUUUUUACUUUUUUUCAUUAACUUUUUCUGAAAGUAAAGAUCCGGAGAUAUUGGGUAAUAUAGCAUCCAUUUAGAUCUUCAUAACAUUACUCAAAUUGUAAAUAUAUUAUUUUAUGCUGACCAAAAAAAAUUAUAUGAUGGUGCCAAUAUUAUUUUUGUUUUGCCUUUACAGCUUUUCAUAUUGGUCCAUAUGAGAUUGUUUUAGUUUGUGUUAUUCUUUACUUUUAAAGCAUUAUUUUGUUAUUAAUUCAAAUCUUGGCUAUUGUUGUACUGUGUAUGCUACUUAACAACUGUUAUUUGUGCUUAAUUAUUCUUUCAGAUACAUUAAUUCUAUUUUUGAUGGUGGCAACUAUUUAUAACAUGCUUUUGAAUGCUUAUUUCUCUAUAAAAGAAUUAAUCAUGUUUUUGUUACAGUGUAAAAUUUACUUAUUACUAUAAUCCAUGUGUGCAUUUGUUUGUUAUCAUAUGUGUUAAACAAUUUCCACCUACUUCAAUAAUUUUCUAAAGAAUAUCUCAGAUUUCAAUUUUUUUUUAUUUCAUGAUGUUUUUUUAAAGUAAUGUUAUUGCUUAAAUCUUUUAAGAAUGUUCUG